GACAGCCAACGCUUAUAGUCAGCGGCUGUAAGCAGUAUCCUGAAAUACAGGAUUAGCUGCCUUCCUUUUCUUCUAGGUGGGAGGGGGAAGGUGAAGUAGAUGGGUUUACAAAAGUUAAGCCCAUAACACCUAGUUGCAGUUGGUUACUUCAAGUAGCCUCAACCAGAAGUGCUGGAAGUAAAUAUUUACUGAUGUAGAUAUUUUGGUAGUCGUCAGUGGCUCGUUCAACUUACUGGUUGGACCAGCCCUAGCAGUGAUCUUGUCAGAUACUUUUGACUUGAUCAGCCUUCUACAGACCCCGGUGCCGUCCCAACAAAAGAAACAGGGGGAGAGUGUAGUGCGAGUGCACUCUUUGACCUGUUGACACAUGAAGUGCUGACGUCACUGGUCUGUGAGCACAUCUCGGGGAGUUCGAGAUCAGUUCAGCUGUAGAAGAAGCAAGUCGUACUUUGAUAUACUGCUUAAUAAAAGACCUCACGUGUGCUUUCCCUAAAGUUAAUGGUAUGAUCUGGAAUGAGUGACAGUGAUAGCCUUUCACUUUCCCCACAACCACGUACACCUUUGCCGGCUGUGGAAUUGGUUGAGCAUGAGGAUUUUUCUUUUCCAAGGCGUUCUAUCAGACAGUCGUCCCCGUCCCUUUCCGUGCAGUUCGACAGUGACGAGGAUUUGUUUUCUUCGCCAAGGGCAAGGCGUUUGACCAGAAAGUCAUCUACAUCCCUUUCCUCACAGCCAGUUGUAAUUGAUCAGCAAAGUCCCUCCUCGAGUCAAAGAUCAACACAGCCACCAUCACCAGAAGUUGUGUGCAUAGGCUCUGACUCUGAACUUGAAUUCUAUGAACUGACUCAGCUUCAGGCAGUUCCAAGUCCUGUCUUUCCAAGCAAAAAGAUAAUUUUGUCAAGUGGUCCGGUUCCAGGCUUUCCAUCUUGGUUCAACAUCAAAUACAGUGGCGACAGGUCAAUUUACUCAUAUGAACUUCUACGAGAGCUGAAAAACGGUGACUUGAAACUUCUUUUGUAA